GAGUUCACGCGCUCACUGUCAAUAUCGCUUCAUCGCCAUGCAGAACUGCUUCUACGCACAUUUGCCUUAUCUUAUGCAGGAUGACGCAGACCAAUCAUCUACUGAAAAUUUAUUGGACUUUAACGCAGAGGAGUGUCAACCUACAAACACACAUUUACUUACAUUUACUAUUCCGGGCCACAGAGACUUGGAUACGUCUCUUGAGCUGAACAGACAGCUUCACGCUACACUCAGGAGAAAGCAGGAGGAAAUCUCGGCCCUGAAGGAUGCGAACGCCCAGCUGAGAAAGCUAGCUAAACAGGCUGAGCAUAACUCCACGAUAUUAGAUGUCUUAACAACAUCAUAUCAGAAAAAAUCAGUUUCACACCCCACCCAUGUGACUACAUUGUCACCGAAAACACAUGCUGAGACAACAGAGGGUCAUUGUACAGGAUCACAACAUUCAUGGAUCUCUCUGCUGACACAGGAUGAGCAAUCCGACCCAUCUUACACAGAUUCAACUACUUCCACCAGCACCGACACAAUAACUCCAUCAUCGGGAGUCAAGCGGCAGCUAUGGUCCAGCUGGAGUGACCUUCUCUGUGACGAUGCUGGGAAUGUAAACUGUAGAGAUGAUCCUAAGGACACUAGCUUGGACUAUCAGUCAGGCUCCAAGCGGCCAAGGCUCGAUGAUGAACUCGUACAGUUAGACUUGGAGCAUCUUGAGGCUCACCUUGACCAAAAUGAAUGGACUCCUGAACCGCCAGGAGAAGAUUCACCUCUGGCCUCGAAUCUUGAGGUUUCUAAAGAGCUGAUCACAGAGAGGGUGAACAUAUUUGGGGCUUUCCGUGGGCUUCAGGUGGUUACAGAAACCCCCUCCCUUAAAUCUGAUGUUGGUGAGAAUAAAAGUGCAUCUUUUAGGAUCUCAAUCAGAGACCACAGUACUGUAAAGACCAAAGUUUUUCCUCACGGAAAGGCCUUCACCUCUCACACACCAAGUGGUUCUUGUAGGUUCCUUUGGGUUCCUAAUGAGGAUUGAACAGUACCCUUAUGAAAAUUAACCAUGGUUACUGUAGUAAAACCAUAGUAACCACAAAUUAACCAUGGUUUUGACAACAACUCAUGGUAUGUCGUUGCUAAGCAAAGUUAAGCUGCACUCUCGAGAUUCAGUAAGGAGUCUCCAUGCAUUGUUUCGUCUUUUUGUGUCAAAAAUGACCGUUUGUUCAUUCUGUGUUUCCCUGUACAGGUAUGAUCAGUCGUCCCUCCAUCUUGAGUUAAUAGGAAAUUAUCCAAUUAUUAUUUUUAAUGCCAGGGUUUCAAUAUACAUUAUGUUACAUGGAAAUGUACAAAGUUAUAUUAUACAACUUGUAAAUACAAUUAUUACAAUAAUGAAAGAAAAAAUAAAGAAAUGAUCCGAUUAUUACAGUCCAAUGCCGAUACGUAAAAGGUGAAGCUUAUUGGUUGGUUUUUAUCACAUGACCUGUAGUACGGUGCGGAUGCUGCAUUCUGAAAAGUUGAAAUAUUUUAAACUUGCUGUGGGGCUGACGCUCAUGGAAAAAUUUGUAUUAUUUUUAUAUAUUUAUUAAUAUUAUUUUUAUUAUUUUUGCAUGCAAAAAAGUGAAAUUUGAACCUGGACUUUCAGGCAGAUAAUUUGUUUUACAAUGCAUACUUUACAGUGACUCAUGAACACAGAGAA